AUGCUUGCAAUGCCAGGAAAGCACUGGUGUGAACACACAGUGGAGGAAAGAGUGGACCGGAUCAUUUCCCCCCGUCUUCAGCGUGAGGUGGACUGUUCCGAGGUGUACCAAUACAACACGCAGGACUGGAGGCUGGAUGUGGAUAGGAUGCGCCACAAGCACGGGGGGGAUGACGGCAUUGCACUGUACUACAAACAACUGGGCCGCAAGGCUGUCUGCUUCUUAUACAAACCCGCUGAGAUGGAGCCCCAGAGGGUGAAUAAGACUGUGAGGGGGUGCUGCGAAGGCUGGGGAGGACCGCGCUGUUCACAGGGCGUGGGCGUGCGGGGCCACUGCUACUCCACAUGGAGCUGCGAGGACUUCCCAGGGGUGCACAACUCCUCUCUGAUGCCCAUGGAGCAGUGCUGUGGCAGCCUGUGGGGCCUGAGCUGGAGGAACGCGUCUGACCAGACCUGCCUGUCCUGUACCUACACCCUGCUGGCUGACUCGCAGUCGUCUCCCCUCGUGCGGGGGGGUCAUUUGGGGAGCGCCCGGAACCCCCAGGGCUCGGCCACCUGUCUGAGCUGGGGAGGGGCUCACUAUCGUACCUUUGACAGAAAGCACUUUCAUUUCCAGGGCGACUGUACGUACGUCCUAGCAUCGUCUACAGAUGGGACAUGGGCUGUGUACAUCAGCACUGUGUGUAACGGUCGGGGAGACUGCAGCAAGGCGCUGAGGAUGAUGCUGGGAUUAGACCUGGUCUCUGUUCACCUCAGGAACUUAACAUUAAAUGGAUUGCUAGUUCCUCAAGGAGAACCACUCUUUCAAAAUGGAGUGAGUGUGCAUUGGCUGGGGGACUUUGUGUUUGUGGAGAGCGGUCUGGGGGUGCGGGUGAAGUUCGACAUGGGCUACACCGUCUACCUGACGGUCACCACAGAACACCUUGCCACCACCAGAGGGUUGUGUGGAGUCUAUAACAACAAUGCAGACGACGACUUCACCACAAUGACUGGGAGUGUAUCGGAGUACCCUGCCAGUUUUGGGAAUUCGUGGCGAGUGCCUGACCAUCAGACUGAGGGUUGCAACGACGCAGCAGAGCUAGGCCACAGCUGUGAUGUCACAGGGGACUCUGCUCUGCGCAGGGAGGCAGAGUCAGUGUGUCACCGGUUGCUGGAGAGCCCCUUUACACAGUGUCACCACAGGGUGGACCCAGCGGCCUACGUUGACACAUGUCUGUACCUGCACUGCAGCCUGGGGACCAGAGAAAGAGAGGAUGCCACGUGUGAUACUCUGGCCAGCUAUGCCCGCGAGUGUGCCCAACAACACGUCAUCAUCAGCUGGAGGAGCUCAGGACUGUGUGGGCGUGUGUGUCCGCGGGGGCAGGUGUUUUCUGACUGCGUGUCCUCCUGCCCCCCUAGCUGCUCUUCCCCUCAGCCUCCUGCCUCUGGCCAGUGCAGGGAGGAGUGUGUAGGGGGGUGUGAGUGCCCCUUUGGGCUCUACCUGCAUCAGGGGCUCUGCCUGAGGAGGGACGACUGCCCCUGUUUCCACCGCAGACACACCUACCAGUCAGGAAACACCAUCCAACAGAGGUGCAACACAUGUGUGUGUCGAGCAGGUGCCUGGCAGUGUUCAGGGGAGAAGUGUGCUGCCCAGUGCAGCCUGAUGGGUGGUCUGCAGGUGUCUACCUUCGACAAGAAGAGGUACUCUCUGCAGGGAGGGGACUGUGGCUUCACUGCCAUAGAGGACUUUGUGGACAGGAAGCUGGUAGUAAGCAUUCGAGGUGGAGAGUGUGUGCUGGGUGGCGGACAGGGCUGUCUGAGAGAGAUGUCUGUCACCGCUCUACGUACCACAGUGACCAUCACCGACACAGGUGCAGUGACACUGAAUGGCCAAAGGGAGGCGCUGCCAGUGGUGACUGGGGACUUGGUGGUGCGGAGGUCCUCAUCCUCCUUCCUGGUGGUCCAGACGUUCGGUGCACAGCUCCUGUGGCAUCUGGACGGGCCCCUGGCCCUCAUCACCUUGCAGCCUGGCUUUGCUCACAAGAUCCGAGGGUUGUGUGGUACAUUGACCUGGAAUCAGCAUGAUGACUUCACCACUCCCGAGGGGGACGUAGAGAACACUGUCUCCUCCUUCGCUGCUAAGUUCACCACAGGGGACUGUCUUCCCCCCCAGGAUGCUCCGCCGGACCCCUGUGGCUCCUACAGCCAGAGGAGACAGUACGCAGAGGGUGUCUGCUCUGUCAUACACAGCCCUGUGUUCCAGGCCUGUCAUGACGUGGUGGAGAGGGAGCCCUACCUGCGUCUGUGUCUGACAGAGGUGUGUGGCUGUGGCCCCCAGAGGCCCUGCCAGUGUACUGUCCUCACCGCCUACUCCCGCCACUGUGCCCAGGAGGGCGUGCCUGUCAGCUGGCGCAACCACACCUUCUGCCCGGUGCAGUGUUCAGGGGGACAGGUGUACCAGGAGUGUGGUCGGCCAUGCGGUGGUUCCUGUACUGACCUCCGGCAGGGCUGGAGCUGUGAGCUGAGCAACCGGAGCUGCGUGCCAGGCUGCCAGUGCCCUCCAGGCCUGGCACAGGAUGACAAGGGCCAGUGUGUGCCCGUCUCCAUGUGCCCAUGCAUGCGGGGAAACAAGCUGUACCAGCCUGGUAGUACCGUCCAUAACAACUGCAACACCUGUGUGUGUGAGCGUGGGGUAUGGAACUGCACAAAGGAGGUGUGUCCAGAGGCAGCCCAGUGUCCAGGCUCUUUGGUCUUCUCUCCUCGCUCCUGUUUACUCACCUGCUCCAGUCUGGACGCACCGGGACAGGCAUCCCCUGGACCCCCAACCUCCCCCUGCCAAGAGCCACGGGCAGGCUGUGUCUGCCCCCAGGGGACCGUCCUGCUGGGUAAUCACUGUGUCCUCCCAGAGCAGUGUCCGUGUCACCAUAAUGGUCGACUGUACUACAACAAUGACACAAUCACCAAAGACUGCAACACGUGCAUAUGCAAGGAGCGCCGCUGGCACUGCGGCCAGUCCCUAUGUACGGGGACCUGCGUGGCAACGGGUGACCCUCACUAUGUGACGUUCGACGGACGCUGCUUCUCCUUUCUGGGCGACUGUGAGUAUGUGCUGGCGCAGGAAGUGGGCGGUCUGUUCAGUGUGACGGCGGAGAACGUGCCAUGUGGCAGCACGGGGGUCACCUGCACCAAGUCAGUCAGCCUCAGUGUGGGCAACACCGCCAUCCACCUGCUAAGAGGUAAAGCUGUGACAGUGAAUAGCAUGCCUGUGACUCUCCCGAAGUCGUACUCUGGCAGCGGUCUGACUCUGGAGAGAGUGGGUCUUUUUGUGUCCCUCUCCUCCCGCCUGGGGGUCACUCUGCUCUGGGACGGAGGCAUGCGUGUAUACGUGCGUCUCGCGGCUCAUCUGAGAGGGCGAGUGGGGGGCCUGUGUGGGAACUUUGACGGGGACACAGAGAAUGACUUCACCACGCGUCAGGGUAGCGUGGAGUCUACAGCCGAGCUGUUUGGCAACUCCUGGAAGGUCAGCCCCUCCUGCCCAGAUGUUCAAGACCAGGACCUUCGAGACCCAUGCACUAUCAACCCUCACAGGGUGACGUGGGGGAGAAAGAGGUGUGCUGUCAUCACCCAGGACCUAUUUUCUCUGUGCCACCCUGAGGUGCCCUACCAGCAGUACUAUGACUGGUGUGUCUUUGAUGCUUGUGGAUGUGACUCUGGGGGGGACUGUGAGUGUCUGUGUACAGCCAUCGCUGCCUACGCUGAGGAGUGUAACCGGCGUGGUGUCUACAUCCCCUGGCGGUCCCAGGAACUCUGCCCCCUGCAGUGUGAGAAUGGUCUGGUUUAUGAGGCCUGUGGGCCGGCUUGUUCUCCCACCUGUCCCAGUGAAGCCCAGAGCCCUGACUCCCAGUGUGGAGCCUUCUCCUGUGUGGAGGGCUGCUUCUGCCCUGCGGGCACUCUCCACCACAGUGAAGGCUGCGUGGCGCCCGCACUCUGUCCGUGUGAGUGGGCAGCCUCUGUUUUCCCACCCGGGGCCAGCAUCACCCAGCACUGCCAGAACUGCUCAUGUACUGAGGGCUUAUGGCAAUGUGAGGGCUCCCCGUGCCCACCUCCCUCCCCCUGUCAGGAGUCAGAGUUCCUGUGCACAGGGGGACGCUGCGUCCCCUCCCUAUGGGUGUGUGACAACGAGGACGACUGCGGUGACGGCUCUGACGAGCUGUGCCCAUCAACCUGUGCCCCGGGGCAAUACCGCUGUGCCAGCGGGCCCUGUGUGGACCUGGCGUUGCGCUGUGACGGGCAUCCGGACUGUGCCGACCAAUCAGACGAGGAGUUCUGUGGGCCUGCCACCCCUGUGCCCCUGUGCCCGCUGGGGGAGUUCCAGUGUGCCAGUGGGCGGUGCCUGCCCGCCAGCCGAGUGUGUGACGGACGCCUGGACUGUGGGUUCGCUGACGGGUCUGAUGAGCAAGAGUGCGGGGUGGUGUGUGGCCAGGGGGAUUUCCUGUGUUCAGGGGGACUCUGUGUGCCCUACCUCCACCGCUGCGAUGGCCAUGAUGACUGUGGGGAUCUGAGUGAUGAGAGGGGGUGUGUGUGCGCCCCGGGAGAGUUCCAGUGCCCUGGGGACCAGUGUGUCCCUGCAGACAAGGUGUGUGAUGGCCACAAAGACUGUCCCUCUGGCACCGAUGAAGCCGUCUGUUCAACUGAAGUGACCUGUGCCCCUGGUCAGUUCCUGUGUGCUGAUGGCACCUGUGUGACACUCACCAAGCUAUGUGACGGGGUGACAGACUGCCAGGGCGGAGAGGACGAGGACCAGAACAACUGUCAACCAGUCACCAUGGCCCCAGUUACCAUAGCAACACCCAUCAACCCGACUUCACCCACUUCUGCCUGCCAGUCUUAUGAGUUUGCCUGUGCCAAUGGGCAGUGCGUGCCCCGGGCGUGGCACUGUGACGGGGAGACAGACUGUUUGGACGGGAGUGACGAGCAGGGCUGUCCCCGGUUGUGUGGCCCCGGCCAGGUGCCAUGUCGCAGUGGUGACCAGUGUGUGGACUACCAGCAGCUAUGUGAUGGGAUACCUCACUGUAGGGACGCCUCCGACGAGAGUGUGGAUGACUGCGGCUCUACAAGGAUCCCACCUUGCCCUGGGAGCUUUCCAUGUGACAACCGCACGUGUGUGAACGCGACUCAAGUGUGCAACGGUGUAGCCGACUGUCCACACGGAGAGGAUGAGCUGGUGUGUGAUAAGACCAGCCCAUCCCCUGCUCUCCCUGGCGAUAAGAACAACAGUCACAUCUGUCCUGAGUUCACCUGCCUGGACGGAUCGUGUGUCUCCUUCAAAGCAGUGUGUAAUGGCAUGGCAGACUGUGCUGACUCCCUGCUGGGGUCCUUAGGGGGGCCCUCUGAUGAGCAGGGCUGUAGGAGCUGGGCCCCUUGGGGCCCCUGGAGUCCCUGUAGCCUCUCCUGUGGGACAGGCUCCAUGAGCAGGCAGAGACUCUGCCCCCUGGGGGACACCCUGGGUCAGUGCAGAGGGGACGACACCCAGAGACAGCAGUGUUUCAGCACGUCAUGUCCUGUGGAUGGGCACUGGUUGCCGUGGGUGACGUGGUCUAACUGCUCUAAGGAUUGUGGGGGUGUGGAGGUAAGGCAAAGGGGAUGCAUCCCACCCCAGAAUGGGGGCAGAGAUUGCACCCAGCUCCCUGGAGAAUCUAACCUGGCCACAGAAAUCAAGCCUUGCCCUCAAGAUGGCUGUGCCAACAUCACAUGUCCUAGUGGCCUGGUGAGACUCAGCUGUGCCCCCUGCCCAGUGUCCUGUGCCCACAUCAGCAGUGGCUCUGUCUGUGACCCGACUGCACCAUGUUUCUCAGGUUGCUGGUGUCCAGAGGGUCGGGUGAUGAACCAUGCCCAGCAGUGUGUGUUGCCGGAGGAGUGUGUGUGUGAGGUGGCCGGGGUGCGAUACUGGCCUGGACAGCAUGUCAAGAAGGACUGUGAGAUCUGUACGUGUGAGAGAGGCAGACCUCAACACUGCCAGCCGAACACCGAAUGUACAGUCCACUGUGGUUGGUCGACGUGGUCAGCUUGGGGGGAGUGUUUGGGACCGUGUGGGGUCCAGAGUGUCCAGUGGUCCUUCCGCAGUCCCAACAACCCUAGUAACCAUGGCAAUGGGAGAAAGUGCAGAGGCAUCUACAGGAAAGCUCGCCGCUGUCAGACAGAGCCCUGUAAGGAGUGUGAGUUCCAUGGCCAGUCCCAUGCAGUUGGGGACCGAUGGAAGGCGGGCCAGUGCCAGCUGUGCCACUGUCUACCCAACCUCACAGUGCAGUGUGCCCCCUACUGCCAACAUGCUGCCACUGGCUGCCCCCAGGGUCAGAGUCUGGUUCCAGGGGAAGGUGACAAGUGUUGUUAUUGUGAAGGUGACCAUGGCACCAUUUCAGUGGCAACGACACCUGCUACUGUGUCAGUGAGUGUCCAACCCUCCACCCCAACAGAUGGCAGUAUACCCUUGGUCCCCACGUAUCCCCUUCCACCUGGAGAGGAGUGCUGGUCACCCCUGGGGGUCCAAUCUCUCCCUGACUCCAGCUUCAGUGCCUCCUCACACCAGUGGGGUCACCCUCCACGGGCAGGGCGUCUGUACGCACGGGACCCCCAUAAGGACCUGCAGGGCUGGAGCCCUGACACAGAGCAGUACAGGAACCUUCCUACAGGGGCCCCCGAGGGCCACAGUGGAGCUGUGCAAGCCCCAUAUCUCCAGCUGGACCUGCUAAGACCCCACAACAUCACUGGUGUGCUGACUCAAGGGGGAGGUGUGUUUGACACCUACGUGUCCAGUUUCUACCUGCAGUUCAGUAACGAUGGCAGACAGUGGUACACCUACCAGCAGCUGAUUGCUGAUGCCCGCCCCAGAGCCAAGGUGUUCUUGGGUAACCGUGACGACCGGAGUGUGUCCUACACCAGGCUGGACAGGAUGGUGUCGGCUCAGUUUGUGCGUGUGUUGCCUCACGACUUCCAGAACGGCAUCUACCUCCGCUUGGAACUCAUGGGCUGUGAAAAUGGUUCCCGCAGGCUAUCCACCCCCUCUCCUCUCUCUCCUCUCUCUCCGGUCACCCAGGCCCGGCCCUGCAGAGAUAGAGAGUUCCAGUGUGGUAACGGGCGCUGUGUCCCCACGGGGCCCAAGGGAGUUGUAUGUGAUGGGGUCAAUGACUGUGGGGACGGAUCUGACGAGCUGCGCUGUGGUACUCAGCCCUCCCCUACACCUACAAGCCCACGGGGCUGUCCCAGAGGUCAGUACUCCUGUCCGCCACCUGGGGGCUGUAUUGAUGCAGCCCUGCGCUGUGACGGAAUCCCACACUGUCCCAAUGGAGAGGACGAGAUAGGAUGCUACCCUCACGAUCAAACCACCCAGGCAGAGAGGCCUAACAGUCCCACACCAGCUCCUCUAAGGACCCCUAGUAUGGCCGCUGUCACUCUGCAUAAGACUACCCCUACACCAACAGCAGGUGGCCCUGGGUAUAGAGGCAUCUGUUCCUCUGCACUGGGAUUGGAGGACGGGAAGAUUCGCUAUGGUCAGCUGACUUCAUCCACCCACCGUGAGAACAACCCUGCGGAUGCCGGGCGCCUCAACAUUGUGCCUAACGUUCUGAUCAUGGAGCCUGGAUGGAGCCCCCUGCCAGGCGACCUUCAGCCCUACCUCCAGGUGGACCUCCUAGAGCCCACCUGGGUGUCUGGCGUGGUGACCCAGGGCACUGAGAGGAUGUGGGGCUACCUUUCCAAGUACCGCCUGGCCUUCGCCCUGGUCCAGAGCCACUUCACUGACUACACCGAGACUGGAGAGAGGGGCAGUCCUGUCAAGGUGUUUGAGGUGCGGAUGGUGGGCAGGACCACGGUGACGCGUUGGCUUGGGAGGCUGGUCCGAGCUCGCUACCUCCGCAUCAUCCCAGUAGAGUUCCGACACACUUUCUAUCUCCGUGCAGAGAUCCUAGGCUGCAAAGGGGAGGAAUUGGUGACCCCUAGCAGCGCCACGACUCCCCGUGGUGCUGGUGUGGUGACAGUGAAGCGCUGCUACCCUGGCCAGUUUGCCUGCCACAGUGGGGAGUGUGUUCCUGUGUCUGCGCUGUGUGACGGCCGACUGGACUGCAAAGACCACUCUGACGAGAUCAACUGUGGCACAGUGCCCACCAGGGGUCAACCCGGGGUACACACCAAGGAGCCCCAGGAUGGCCGCCCUGGCAUUGCCACCACGGGUACCCCGGGUCUCAGUCCUGACAGCUCUGGGGGAACAGGGUACCCAGGGGUUCAUGGGUUCACCACCUCCAGGCCAGGUCAGUGGACAUCCAGGUCCACAGGGUACCCAGGGAUUGGGACCAGCACCCUCCACCCCGGAAUACCUGGACUGCAGUCUACAACAGCUCUCUGGGUGACCACGACCGCCCAUGACGGAGGCCUACCCAGAGUCCUGUGUGUGGAGGGCCAGUUCUCCUGCAGGCUGUUUGGCUGUGUGGAUGCUGCGGUGGUGUGUGAUGGUCACCAGGACUGUCUGGAUGGCUCUGACGAAGACCACUGUGGUACUACACCAAGGCCAACAGUAAUGACACGGCGCCCCCUAGUGCCCAGCCCAUGCUCCCCCAAGCAGUUCUCCUGUGGCAGCGGGGAGUGUGUGCACCUUGACAAGAGGUGUGACCUGCACAGGGACUGUGCUGACGGAUCAGACGAGCAAGACUGUGUAAACUGUAUCAUGUCAGCAUGGACGGGCUGGAGCCAGUGCAGUGUGACAUGUGGCCUGGGUUCCCUGUUCCGCCAGAGGGAGGUCCUGAGAGAGGCGCUGGCUGGGGGAACGUGUGGGGGCGCCCAGUUUGACAGCCGAGCAUGCUUCCCUAAGGCGUGUCUCGUGGACGGUCAGUGGUCAGAGUGGACGGGCUGGUCCCUGUGUGACACGCAGUGCGGGGGAGGGCUGAGGGGGAGGAACCGGACCUGCUCCAAUCCUCCCCCUAAGAACAGGGGGCGUGACUGUGAGGGGAUGAGACUGCAGACCCAGAGCUGUAACAGCCAGCCCUGUGGCCCCAACACGGACUCACAGACAGGCUGUACUAAAGGCAUGGUGGUGGUAAGAGAGGCUGACUGCCAGUCUGGUAGAGUGGAGCCAUGUCCCCCCACCUGUUCACACCUACACUACCCCAACUGCACCUCCCAAUGCGUCACAGGUUGUCGUUGUCCGGCUGGUUUGUUUCUACAGGAUGGCCGGUGUGUGAAUGCCAGUCAGUGUGGGUGCCACUGGGAGGGACUGCCACUGCAGCCUGGACAAGUGAUCAGCAAGGACAACUGCAGCACAUGUGUGUGUGAAGAUGGACGUGUCUCAUGUGACAACUCCAGCUGUGUGGCCAGCUGUGAUUGGUCAGCCUGGUCCUCCUGGACAUCAUGUGACAGCUCCUGUGGGGUUGGAAUACAGCAGCGCUAUAGGUCCCCUGUGAGCCCAGCAGGAGUGGCGAGAGUCGAUCCCUGUCCUGGGGACUCCUCAGAGGCUCGUCAGUGCUUCACCCCCUGUCGCCCUGGUAAGGAUGAGGCGGUGUGGGGGAAGUGGACGGCCUGGUCAGAGUGCAGCAAGACCUGUUUCCACCACGUGGACGAGGUGGGGCUGAGAAGGAGGUUCCGCACCUGUAACAUACCCACCAACACACACAGCUACACACGCACCAACACACCCAGCUACACCCGCACCAACACACACACAGACUGUGAGGGGGACGCAGAGGAUCAGGAGCCCUGUAACACCGUGCACUGCCCAGUGAAUGGCGGCUGGUCGGAGUGGUCCCCAUGGUCCCUGUGCUCGUCAGAGUGUGACUCGGGGGCUCAGACCAGAGAUCGCUUCUGCAGUUCUCCUCCUCCACAGCACGGGGGCAGCACCUGCCCAGGGCCUCACAUCCAGACCCGAGACUGCAACUCCCACCCCUGUUCAGGAGUGUGUCCAGAGGGCAUGGCCUACAUGAGCAAGGAGCAGUGCCAGGCUCACGGUGGUGCGUGCCCACGCGUGUGUAUGGACAUGACAACACAGGUGGAGUGUGCCACGGAGUGUUACGACGGAUGCUACUGUGUCCUGGGUCUCUACCUACUCAACAGCACUUGUGUGCCCCUCACCCAGUGCCCAUGCUACCACCAUGGAGAGAUGUACCCAGGAGGAGCUAGUGUGAAACUGGACGACUGCAACAACUGCACAUGCCAUAAUGGAGAGAUGGUGUGUGGAACAGCACCCUGCGCUGUGGACUGUGGCUGGAGCAGCUGGACCCAGUGGAGCGCCUGCAGCAGGACGUGUGACGUGGGCGUGAGGAGGAAGUACCGCUCGGGGACCAAUCCACCGGCUGCGUUCGGGGGGCGUGUCUGCAGGGGCGACAGGGUGGGGAUGGACACUUGCAGUCUGGAGCCCUGUCAGGGUGUGAAGGAGCCAUGGAGUGCAUGGUCAGAGUGUUCGGUGACGUGUGGAGGGGGGUACAGGAACAGGACACGGGGGCCCCAGAGAACCCAUGGUACUGCCCAGCAGUUCUCUGCCUGUAACCUGCAGCCCUGUGGUGAUGGGACGGGCUGUCCUGGGGGACAGGUGUGGACGGUGUGUGUGAAGGGGCCGGUUACCUGCUCUGACAUCAGUAUGGAUUAUGAGAGGAAUUGUACACCGGGCUGUCAGUGUCCACACGGCACUGUCCUGCAGGAUGGCAAGUGUGUGUGGGUGUCUCAGUGUCGCUGUGAUGUGGAUGGGGAGCAGUAUGAACCUGGUGAUGUCGUACCCAGGGACUGCAACAACUGCACAUGUUAUUCUGGGAGGCUGGCAAACUGCACUCAACUCAACUGUAAUGUGGACGGUCAGUGGUCUUCCUGGACCCCCUGGGGUCAGUGUUCAGUGAGGUGUGGACCAGGUCUCCAGUCCCGCUAUAGGUUCUGUUCUAGUCCCCAGCAGUCUGGGAGUGGUCUGCCCUGUAUCGGACCCGACCACCAAGACCAGCUGUGUAUGACUGCUCCCUGUGAUCUUGCGCCUUGCUCUCAAGUCCCUGGCACAGUGUUCAGUAGCUGUGGCCCCUCGUGUCCUCGCUCCUGUGAUGACCUGUCUCACUGUGACUGGCUCUGUGAGGCGGGGUGUUACUGCACGGAGGGCAAGGUGCUGUCUUCCGACGGGAGGUCCUGUGUGGAGAGAGAGGAGUGCCCCUGUCUGGACCUCAACACCGGCUUGAGGUUGUACCCUGGAGAGAGCACCACUGCCCCCGACGGCUGCAACAACUGUACCUGCGAAGGAGGGAGGCUCAACUGCACCAGUGACCCAUGUCCAGUGUCAGGUGGGUGGUGUGAGUGGUCUGGCUGGAUCUCCUGCUCUAAGACAUGUGGGGCAGAGUGGGUGUCCAGAUAUCGCAGCUGUGGCUGUCCAGAGCCCAAGGCGGGAGGAGCCCCCUGCCAGGGGGAACAGGAAGUACAUGGUGGGGUGGGGGCACAGAUCCAGAGACAACCCUGCCCUGUGGUCACCUUCUGCCCAGUCCAUGGUUCGUGGAGCCUGUGGUCGGGCUGGUCAGAGUGUGAUGGCUGUGAGGGGGUGUCUGUGAGGACCAGGGAGUGUAACAGUCCUCCUGCCAGGUUCGGGGGUCUGCCCUGCCACGGGGAGAGCCGGCAGAGCCGCGGCUGCCAAGACAACAUCACCAUCUGCUCAGAAUGUGGUGGCGUGCAGGUGGACUGGCCAUGUGGGAAGCCCUGUCCACGCUCCUGCUCUGAUCUCCAUGGCGACACAGAGUGUCUGGACACGGCGGAGUGCAGUAUGACCUGUGGUUGCCCGGGUGAUCUCGUGCUACAGGAUGGCCAGUGUGUGGAAAAGGAGGAAUGUCGCUGUAAAUACCACAACAGCACUACUGGUGGGCUAGACUCUAGUAACACCUCAUGGGCAUGGCCUGGUAGGUCAGAUUGGCAGUUCGCAAAUCCAGGAGAGACCAUCAUCGCUGAUUGUAAAAACUGCACCUGUGAGGCGGGUGUUCUCCACUGCCAAUCAGUCCCUGGUUGCCAUGUCGAUGGCAGCUGGAGCCAAUGGGGAGGCUGGUCAGAGUGCUCGGCCCCCUGCGGGGGUGGAGUCAAGCUCCGCAUGCGUCAGUGUGAUAACCCCGCCCCUCAGAGUGGUGGGAGGGGCUGUGCAGGCAUGUCUGAACAGCAGAGAGAGUGCAACAACCACACCUGUACAGAUUCUGUCCUCUGGCCGACCUGGUCCCCCUGGUCCUCCUGGUCUGUGUGCUCAGUGAGCUGUGGAGGAGGGGAACAGUCUCGUACCCGUCUCUGCAGCUUCCCGCCCUGCUCUGGCAUGAGGAGGCAGAGCAAGACGUGUAACACCCAGGUCUGUCUCGAGGUGGGUUGCCCUCCGGGUCGUCUGUACAGGGAGUGUGAGAGGGGCGAGGGAUGCCCCUUCAGUUGUGCCCAGGUCAGCGGGCGAGAGGGCUGCUACUCUGAAGGCUGCGAGGAGGGGUGCCACUGCCCCCUGCAGACCUUCCAGCACAACAGAGCCUGUGUACAGGAGUGCCCCUGCCUGGUGGACAAGGAGCUCUUGACCUCACUACAGAAUGUGUCUGUGACCCCAUUGUUGGCCCACCAUAACCUAACCCAGGGGGAUGAGUUCCAGUCUGGGGAAACGUUCAUACAAGACUGCAGUGUCUGCGGGUGCCAACAUGGUUUGUGGAACUGUUCCUUGGAACCGUGUCCCGUAGACGGGGGUCUGUCCCCCUGGGGCCCUUGGAGCCCCUGCUCCCUGUCCUGUGGGGGCCUGGGCCUGAAAACCCGCAACCGAGCCUGCAGCCACCCGGCACCGGCUUACGGGGGACGAGAAUGCCUGGGGCCCCAGCAAGAGAGCACCUACUGCCAGGCUACGGACUGCCCAGUGAUCAUCGGCCCAACAGAAGAGCCCUCUCUACCAGAUGAGGAUGCAGGCUUCUCUCAGUGGUCGUCGUGGACCUCCUGCUCUCGGUCGUGUAGCGAUUCCCUGACACCGGCCCUCAAGUCCCGUCAGAGGCGGUGUGUCAGACCCCCCUGCUCAGGGGACACCCGUCAGGAGAAGGCCUGCAACCUGUCCCAGUGUCCUGACGGUGGUGGGGUGUGUGUAGGGGACGACUGCGCCCAGAGGAACUGCACGUGGAUGGAGUGGGGCGAGUGGGCGGCGUGCUCGCGCUCCUGCGGCGUGGGUCAGCAGCAGAGGUUACGCACCUUCCUGACCCCCGGGGUCAACGGUUCCUGGUGUGAAGACAUACUGGGGGGUAACCUGGAGAAUCGCUUCUGUAACAUAAAGGCCUGUCGAGUGGACGGAGGCUGGUCUCGCUGGAGCCCCUGGUCUCUCUGUGACAAGCGCUGUGGGGGCGGGCGCUCCAUCCGAACCCGCUCUUGCUUCAGCCCCCCGCCCAAAAAUGGCGGGCGCAAGUGUGAGGGAGAGAAGAACCAGGUGAAACCCUGCAACACCAAACCCUGUGAUGAGAAGGGUUGCCCAGUGGGUCAGGAGGUUGUGCCCUGUGCCAACGAGUGUCCUCAGCGCUGCUCAGACCUCCAGCAGGGCAUCCAGUGCCAGGGCAACACAGAGUGCCAGCCUGGGUGCCGCUGCCCAAAAGGUCAGCUGCAGCAGGACGGGGUGUGUGUGCAGGUAUGGCAGUGUGACUGUGUGGACUCUUUGGGUCAGAGCUGGGCAGCAGGCAGCUGGCACCAGGUGGACUGCAACAAUUGCAGCUGCGCAGACGGACUGCUUUCCUGCACCAAUCAGAGCUGCCGAGAGGCCAGCUGCACAUGGAGCUCCUGGUCUAAUUGGGCGCCCUGCAGCACUUCCUGUGGGCGGGGCCAGAGAACCCGCUUCCGAUCUCUAAUACCAGAGCGUGAAGGAGCGGUUUGCCAGUUUGAGGAGGUGCAGCACAAGUCAUGUGACCCCGGGCCCUGCCCACCCCUCUGUGUCCAUGACAACCAGGAGCUGACCGUGGGAGACACGUGGUUGCAGGGAGAAUGUAAACAAUGCACAUGCACCCCAGAGGGAGACUAUUGCCAAGAUAUUGACUGUCGAGUGGAUGGUGGUUGGACGCCCUGGUCGGUGUGGUCGGACUGUCCUGUGACGUGUGGGCGGGGCACUCAAAUUCGGAGCCGGGCCUGUAUCAACCCUCCUCCCCGUAACAACGGGACAGACUGCAGCGGACCGGAGAGAGACGCCCAAGGCUGUCACACACCUCCCUGCCUCGAUGACCUUUGCCCUUGGUCACCAUGGUCCCGCUGCUCCCGCAGCUGUGGCGCGGGGGUGGUGUGGCGACGCAGGGUGUGUGUGUGUGAAGGAGAGGGGGAGGGCGCCUGCCCCCCUGAGGUAGAGGCGGAGAGGAACAGAGAGGAGACUCAGCUGUGCUACAAGAGACCCUGUCCAGAAUGUCCCAUGUCAGAGUGGACCGAGUGGUCCGCCUGCUACUGUGUGUCCCAGAGGCAGCAGCGUCACCGCGCACCGCUCUCACCAGCCACCAAGGGACAGCACUGUUCCAGUCUGGACACCCAGAGCAGAACCUGCACACUAGACCACUGUCAUGACUCUUGUGAGAAACCGUUCCAGUACUCUGAGUGUGGCUCCCCCUGUGAGAAGCAGUGUGCACUGCAGGGGCAGAAGGCACUGUGUGCGGGGAUACAGGAGUGUACCCCUGGCUGCUACUGCCCUCAGGGCUUGCUGCAGCAGAAUGGGACCUGUGUAGCCCUAGAGCAGUGUGGCUGUGUACACCUCCAACAUCAGGCCUCAGGGAGACCUGUCUCUGUGAUUGUGCCACAGGGGACCAUUGUCACUAUAGACUGCAGCACCUGCCUCUGUCAUAAUGGGACGUUGCAGUGUGACAUGCGAGAGUGUGAAGUCAUUCUCAGUGAGUGGUCAGAGUGGACCCCCUGCUCUCCGUGUGUGCCCGCCUCCUCCCUGCAGUCCUCCUCCUCUCCACAGGGUGGCCCUGCAGCCCUGGUGUCUGUCCAGCGGCGCUACCGAGCAUGUCUGGACCUGGACUCAGGCCAGCCAGUCUCAGGGGAGGAAGAGGGGGCACAGUGUACCGGGGAGCUGGAGGAGGAGAGGCUCUGCCCAGACCCCAAUGCAUGCAGAGACCUGUGCCAGUGGAGUGUGUGGAGUGUGUGGAGUGUGUGUCAGGAGCCGUGCAGCGGUGGGGUCAGACAGCGCCACAGACAGCCCCAGGCCUCCCCUCCAGGACCCCAGUGUCAAAAACAGCAGACCCAGACCAAGAGCUGCAACACUGGCCUCUGUCCAGGCGAGCGCUGUGAGGACAGGGGGCGGGUCUACCAAGCGUCUUGUGCCAAUCAGUGUCCCCGGAGCUGCACUGACCUCUGGGAGCAUGUGCAGUGUCUGCAGGGAGUCUGUCACCCAGGGUGUCGGUGCCCAGAGGGCUGGCUGCUGCAGGGCGGGGACUGUGUUGAGGUGACGGAGUGUCGCUGUGGGGUUCCCAUGGGCAACGGCACCCUGGAGAUCAGCCCUGCUGAGAAAGUCACACUGGACUGCAACACCUGUGUGUGUGAGAAUGGCACCCUGGUGUGCACUGACCUGCUGUGUCCCGUCUACGGCCCCUGGGGACAGUGGAGCGCCUGCUCAGAGUCCUGUGGGACGGGACAGAGGAUGAGGAUACGUCCCUGCAAUGACACAGAAGGAGGGCCACCCUGUGCUGAGACGGUCCACACUGAAACAUGUGUACUGCCCCCUUGUCCAGCUGGGUGUGUGUUGAGUGAGUGGUCGUCUUGGAGUGAGUGCAGCGCCUCGUGUGGUGGAGGGGUGUCAGUGCGUAUCAAGACCGUCUUACAGGAGCCCCAGCCCGGGGGACAGGAGUGUCCUACUCCCUUAGAACAACAUACUGCCUGUCAAACCAACAGCUGUCUACCAGAGUGUCCAUCCAGCCAGGUGUUCAGCCAGUGUGCUGGCUCCUGCCCCUACAGCUGUGAGGACCUCUGGCUAGAGAACCAGUGUGUAUCUGGACCCUGUAUCCCUGGAUGCACCUGUCCCCCAGGCAUGGUGCUGUACAACGGAUCAUGUGUCCCUCAUGAUGCGUGUCCCUGUUCUCUGCACUCCCUCCCGGGGACCCUGAACAUGACCCUGGAUUACCCCGAAGGAGAGGUGGCCUCUGGGACGGUCUUACAACAACAGUGCAACACAUGUGUUUGUCACGGAGGAGUAUUGAAUUGUACUGAGGACCCAUGCAAUGUGGACUGUGAGUGGGGUAGUUGGUCAGAGUGGAGUCAGUGCUCAGUGAGCUGUGGUUCUGGCCAGCGGAACUCCAGGCGGACCGUCUUCCAGCCUCAGCAAUACGGGGGGGCAGAGUGUGAGGGCCCGGCCCAGCGUACGGCACUAUGCAGGGCCCCUGAUUGUGCCUGUCCUGAUGGAGAGAGAUGGAGGAAGAGUGUAUCGGAGGCUCUGUCUGUGUGUGAGAGGAGCUGUGUAGAGAUCUACCUGACCUCCCCACUCAACUGCAGCGCCACAGAGGGGUGUAUGUGUAAGGAGGGGCUCUACCGAAACGCAGAGGGCCUGUGUGUGAUCCCCGCACUCUGCCCGUGUGAGGACCAGGGGGUGCUGAGAGAGGCUAGCUCUGAAUGGGAGGAGGGCUGCUUGGUGUGCCGCUGUGUGAACGGGCAGAAGUGGUGCCAAUCAGGAUGCCCACUGCUGCAGUGUGAAGAGGGGGAAGUGAAAGUGGAGGAACCAGGCAGCUGCUGCCCAGUUUGCAGGAAGGAGUUCCCUGGGGAGCCCGUAGCGGAGUGUCGCCGUUACACGGAGGUCAGGAACAUCACUAAGGGAGACUGUCGUCUUGACAACGUGGAUGUCAGCUACUGUAGAGGACGCUGUUUGUCCAAAAUUGACGUCAUUUUGGAGGAGCCUUACCUCCUGUCGCUGUGUGACUGCUGCAGCUACCGGUUGGACCCUGAGAGCCCCGUGCGCUUCCUUAGCCUCCUGUGUGACAGUGGGGAUAGUGAGCCCGUCGUCCUGCCUGUCAUACACAGCUGUGAGUGCACCAGCUGCCAAGGGGGAGAUCUGUCCAGACGCUGAAUGUGUGUUGUAUAGGCCUAGUGUGUGUGUAUACAGAGGGACAGACAGACAGACAGACAGACGGGUGGACAGACCAGGUGUCCUGAUUUCCUGUGGUCCAUAGUCAUCAUAUGACUGGAUCAACUAUCAUAGAGUGCCUUCUGAAACUCUCAAAUCCUUUACACUGUAUCAACAAUCAUAGAGUGCCUUCUGAAACUCUCAGAUCCUUUACACUGUACAGUGUUUUGCUACUUUUCUAAUAAAUCACUAGUGGUUUUUAUUAAAACGUUUCAAUGUAUUAUUCUGUAAAAUAUAUAUAUAUAUAUUUAAAGAUGAUGUAAUAUUAUGUUUGCUGCUGAAUGUGACAUCUGUACCAGUAGAUUUGGUAAAUAUAUGCACAUAUCCUAUGCAUGUCUCUGUAAAGAUUGGCGUGUAAUAUUUAAACAAGAGGUCUCAGAGAGAAAGAGAGAGAGAGAGAAAGCGUUUCACAACGGAAGGCAGGCUGGAAGAGCUCACUGGGGGACGCUUACACGAGACUACCGCGUGACUGUGUCCUCUCUCCUGACUAAAUAAGGGAGUUGGAACGAGAGGGAGGAAGCUCGCAGCCCCGCGGAGCGCUAUUGAUCACCCUCUACUUCACAUUACCGCCUUAAUAAUAAAAAAACAUUAAAGUCUAUCAGGA